GUCGGCCCUCCAUCAGUUCGCCGAGAAGGGCGACGAAGAUGCCGUGAGGUAUUUGCUGGAGAUGGGUGCAGACCGCAAUGCCAAGAAUAAGGACGGACAGACGCCUACAGAGGUGGCGCAGGGUUCGGCCAAAGAUGCCUUAGAGGAAGAGGAAGAGGAAGAGGAGGCAGAAGCGGAAGAAGAGGCUGAAGAGGAGGCAGAGGAGGCGGAACCCCCACCCGCGGAAGAAGAGAAGAAGGGCACAAAGAGAAAGGCUCCAGAGGCCAUUACUUCGCCUGCACCGGCGGCGGCAUCUUCGUCCAUGGUGACACCACCAGCCAAAAAGGGCAAGAUGGAGCGUCCCGUGGAUUCAGAGGUGCCAAAUCGCGACAAGUACAGCGUGGUGGAUGACUGGUCUGUCCUGCUGAACCAGACGAACGUGGGAGCCAACAACAACAAGUUCUACAGGAUACAACUUCUGAAAGAUGAUGCAGAGAAGGUGUUUCUCUGGACGCGUUGGGGUCGUGUGGGUGUGGCGGGACAGUCCAACCUGAGCCUUUGUGGGAGCCAGGCAAAGUUUAAAGACAAGUCUGGCGUGCACUAUGUGCAUGCUGAGGAUCUGCGGGAGUCGCACGAUUGGACGCCCACGAAAGGAAAGUACACCAUCGUGAAGACCGAAGAACAGGAGGGUGGUGGUGGUGAUUCAGCUCCCUUAGGAAAGCUUACUGAAGAGCAGAUCGAGAAGGGACAGGAGGUGCUUCAGCGCAUGGAAACAGCACUGACGAAGAAGAACGACAAACAACUCGUGGACUUGUCUUCAGAGUAUUACACCCUGAUCCCCCACGAUUUCGGCUUCAAGGUGCCUCCUGUGAUUAAGACACGCGAGAUGCUUGAGGCGGAAGAGGAAUUGCUGAAGUCGCCAGCUGAGACAGAAACGCAACUUCAGCAUGCUGGUGGAGUGAUGACUUUGGCCUUGCCUUCCACUCUGGAAGCGGCAUGCUCUGGUGUGUGCACAGCGCCGAGCUUGAAGAGUUCCAUGGCGAACGGCAAGAAACACGCCGAGAAGCAAAGUGGUGGUCCAACCAAGCACAUUGAAGCCCAUUUGUACGGCGCCUUGAUGCUCUACACAUCCAACGCCAUCUACCGCCAGUUGAACGCAGCCCUGCGCAGCGAAGAUCGGAAUAAGAUCAAGAAAUACAAGCCCUACUUGAGGCUCCUGUUUGAAGCCCUCAAUCGAUUGCCGCAACAGAAGAGGAUGAAAUCCACCCUGAAGAUGCCAACAAUGGAUGCCAUGCCCAUCGCCAAGUUUCCGAUCCCAUACAAGGUUGCCACGGAUGCCACACCAGGCAAGGUGACAGUUGCUGAGGCUAGAUUGCAGACCAUGCCACUGCCCAUUGCACCAAGGUCACUAGUAGCUACUCACUUGAAGCUUGACCAACCUUUGCAUGCAGAACAGUAUGUCUUGCUCCAUGAAAACCUUCCCGAAAGUGCGAAAUGUCCGUUCCUGUGUACCAAAUACUCGAACAAGCAGAUGACACUGAACCUUGGCUUGCCAUGUUCAAGACUUGAAGCUCUCUGGCGCCAACAAGGAUGGGUAGCAAAAGACGAGAUGACAUACUACCUCGAAGCAACUGAGUAUGAUGACCAAGGAUAUCCAUUUCCACCAGCGAUUUUCUUCAAUGAAACAGAUGCCAAAGAAACUGCCAAAGAAUGGCUUGAAAUUGGUAUUGAUGUUCAUGCCACUGACAAACCAUGGUGCUCAGCAGCAGCAGUGGCCGCGCAUUGGAUCCCUUUGAUCAUCUCUCACCAAGGGAAUGUAAUCCAGCUCAUGACCACCCCUGAAGGUACAUGCCUGAUUGAACCAGCGAGCCAGAUUGCCCAUUCCAUGGGCAAAACGAUUGAAGUGACCCAGCGCAUCUUGCCAGAAGCCUUCCCAGGUGAUUGUGGAUUCCAGGCCAUUGCAUGGUUGAUUGCCAAUCUCAACAACUUUGCAGUCGAAGCCAUGUCAGCCUCCAGAGCUGCGCAGUGGAGACACCUUUUUGUUCGAGAGCUGUGCAAACGAGGAACUGGAUAUGAAAUCAUUCACCACCUGGACAUAGCAGGCCAUAAGUUGGAUGCACAGGAACUGCGACAGCUUGCAGAUCUUCUUGCCCAACAUGGAGUGUGGCCGGAAAGAGCAGCCGACAGAGCCAAUGCCUUGGCCAAUGCCAUCCCAGCCAGCAGCAUCCGCAAUGUAAUUGCAUCACCCCGACCAUGGCAAGACCUCAAAGCAGCCGCAAACGGAAUCAAGCCUCAGUUUAAACUCAUCAUGCCCGAUGAGCUGAAUGCUCAGAUUGCCCAGCGAACCAAUCACCGAAAGUAUGGCAAGAAGCAGCAGCAGAAGCGCUUUGAAGCCUCUAAGGAACGCCUCACAGUAGCUGCAGCUGAACUGGUUGUGCCCCAUGGAGUCUUCAAGCAACAAGACGGCACCAUCCUGGGGCCACUGCAAGUAGGGGACAUUGGACCAAACGCCAAAGGGGUCCUUUUGGUUGAUCAAGCAGACUGCCAAGCCACCUUGCGCCUUCCAAAGCCUGUCACCCAGUCAGGACUUGCAGUUAUUGUCCUGGCCACCAAGGACAACACUGACCAGCACCAGAUGGAGCCAACCAGAUUCCCAGCCAUGUGCAUUUCCACCCAAGAGCCGCUGAUAGCAUCAGGAUACAUGUAUCAACUUGGCUCACAAGCUGUCAUGCGUCAUGAACCAAGUGUCAAGCUGGCCAUCGAAGAGCAAGCCACGGAAGCCAUGCGAUGCCUCAUCUUCAAAGACCAGGCAGGCCAACUUUGGGAUCAGAUCCAACAGCACCCAGUGAAACACAUCUUUGCAACAGAUGCCAAGUAUGCCCAGCAGACUUCGCCACAAGCCACCACCUUGGCAAGGCACGGAGACCGAUUUGGCCUUCGCAGUGACGUGAUGAAUGCUCAAGAGAUCCAUGACAAACACAGGCCCAACACUCCUCUUUUGAUGGGCCAAACCAAGAUGCUUUAUGCAGUAGGCCCCCUGCCUUACUCAACAACCAAAGCAGCGCUGCACAAACUCCUGAAGGCAUGGCAGUGGGAAGCCAAACCCUUACAGCCCAAAGGACGUGCACAAGACGGCAGUGGAGUGACAUGGCACAUCCAAGCCACGGAAGAUCCUGGGCACUGGGUCUAUUCCUUGCAGCAUGGUGAUGUGCUCAUUUCCAGGAUCCAAGACACCAAGCAAGCGGCAGUUCAGAUGCCAUACUCAAUCGUUGCCUCAAAGAAAACCAUCGAACACCUGCAGGGACCAGCACAACUUGCAGCCUGGGAAGUAAGCAUGGAGAAGAAAAUGCAAGCGUUUGCCAAACACCCUGAUGGAGAUGCUGACAUGGACUCCACCACCAUGGAUGCGAGGAUCACCAACUUGGAGAACCGCUUCAACCAAGUUCAACAAGCACAAGCUGGCAUGGAUACCAAGGACAUCUGCACGCAUCCGAAAGUCACCUCCAGUGACAACCAAGUUCAGGUUGAUCUCAAUGUUGAUCAUAGCUUUUGCCACUUCGUUCCGGCCGGGAGAGGCCACAACACCAGGGGAGUUACAACUGAGGUCAAGUGGACGCAAGAACAAAUUGCCCCCAUCAAGCCCAACCGCAGAGGGGACGUCCAGAGUGCCCUGACCACCAGCUCUUUGCAGUACAGCCGAUGGACUAGACAGCUUAGACGAUUGCAACACUACACAAGAUGUGCCAGCUCUGAAAGCUCCGCUACCAUCAUUGAACACCGAGCAUGCCUAUGGAGCAAGAUCCUACAAGCCAUAGGAUUUGAUGGCAAUUUCCGUACGUGGUGGGCGAAACUGCCUAAGCUGUUCAUCGACUCUCCAGUGUUUCUGCCAAGUCAUCCCCCAGGGUUUGACAUAGCCAAUGCAGUCUUCCUUGAGUUCAGCAAGCAGUAUAAAGCACUGGAAGCAAGCCUCACACGAGCCAAAAUAAGCCAUGCAGCACAGAAAAGAGCCAAAGAUCCCUUACAGAUCUACCGUGAUCUCCAACGGGAACGAGCAGAACCAGUUCAGACCAUUGUGACCACUGACACAAUCCAGAUCCAAGACUGCCAAAAUGUUGGAGAUGGUAUGACGCAGUUGAGCCUUACAUCGCCGAUUCCCCAAAACUUGCAUAGCAUUGCCAUCAAUGGAAUCCAAAAUGCGGUCAGCAUCCCAGAUCCCCACCAUGUAGUUGUGCCAGCAGAGGCAUCCCAAGCCUUGGAAUCAGGUAUCAAAAUCCACAAGGUUGAAGCCGAAGUCACUGCAGUGCUACAUGCCUUUGAAGAUGAAUGGUCACCAAGAUGGUUCAAGCCUGAACAUGAGGACGCUCAACAAUGGGAGACAAUAGUAGGCUUCAUGAAGCAUGCUAUGCCACCUAGGACCACCGAGUUCCCACCAAUCACUGCCAAGCAGUUCACAAAAGCCGUAGCAGCCAAACGAAAAUUUGCAGCCAUUGGACCAGAUGGGGUAUCAAAGCAAGAUAUCCUGCACAUGCCACCGUCAGCCAUGUCUGACCUGAUUGCGCUCAUAGAAUGCAUUGAAGCAGGGUCCCCCUGGCCGACCCAAACCGUCACGGGCCUAGUUGCAGCCUUAGCAAAGACACCGUCGGCUCAAACCGUAGGCGUGGUAGACAUUGUGAAGUGUUUCAAUGCAUUGCCUCGACAUCCUCUUGCGGAAAUUGCCAAACACCUGGGCUUGCCAGCGGCAGUAAUGUUGUGGUCUUUUGUUGACAACAUCGAAGCCACAGCAACAUCAGCUCUUGAAGCAGUGGCUGCACUUGAAGCACUGGGUGAAUUUUGCGAUCUGAUGGACCUCAGCAUUGACCCUUGCAAGACAUAUGCCUGGAGAGUCCCAAUGGCAGAUCCUGAGCUUUACAGCGUCCUUUCAACCAUCAUGGCAUUCCGUAACCAUGGAGACCCUGAUCUAGCACAAUUCACGUUGCAACACCUCACCGAUGGAGGGACAGCUUCACAAGGGCCAUGUACGAGUUUUCUUGCAGCAGUUCACAAGUUAGCCUGGCAUUGGACCCAUGGAGACACUUGCCUUGACCAACAUGGAGAACCAAUUAGGAUCACCAGUUGCCCACCAGCCGAGCUCAAACAGCGAGUUGUCCAUGCAUGGCAGCAACGAAUCCUGCACUCCACAGAAGCCAUCCGGACCACCAUGACCGGAUUAGCUAACUCAGAUGUCAGACUGACAGUAAAAGUCCUUAGAUCAUUGCCUGAUGAUCAACAAGGUCUCAUGCGUUGCGCACUCAAUGGCACCCAAUACACAAAUGAUGCCCUGCACCAUGCAGGAGUGACUGACACAGAUGCUUGCCGUUUUUGCAGUAAGAAGGACAGCUUGUUUCAUAGAACUUGGCAAUGUUCCUUCUUCCAAGACUUGCGUGAAGCGUUGCCUGAUUUGCCUGACCCCAGCCUGACCCCAUCCAGCACAGCCUGCCAUGGAUGGUUGCAGCAAUCGCCUGACCUUGCCCAGUUGCGCCAUCUAUACAUGCGACUGCCAGAUACCACAACUGAAUUCACAGAAUGGAGAGUAAAUGAAAACCUCCAGUACCUUGACAUGUUUUUGGACGGAAGCUGUGUGCAUCCUUCAGAGAUAGACACCCGAAUCGCCAGUUGGGCAGUUGUUAUUUGGGAUGGCCAAGACUUCAAGCGCAUUGCAUGCGGUUUAGUUCCAGGGUGGAGACAGACAAGUUUGCGCGCAGAAUUGACAGCAGCCAUAGCAGCCUUAAAAUAUGCCGCCAGCCGGCAACGCCUUUGCCGCCUAUGGUUCGACAAUGAGAAUGUGCAAAACACGCUCCAGCAAUGGAUUCAAGGUUUUUCCACUGCAUGGGAGAAAAAGCAAGAUAGUGACUUGUGGCAUCAACUUCAUGCGCAGUUCAGACAUUCCCAGUCAUACCUUUCUGCAGCAUAUAAAGUUCAAGCACACGCAAAAGUGAUGGACCAGCCGCAUCCACUAGAUGCGUGGGCAGUGCAAGGAAAUAUUACAGCAGACCUUUUUGCAGCAGAAGCUAGAAAAAGACUCACACCAGAGUUUUGGACAGUUUGGGAGAAAGUUCGCACUCACCAAGCUCAGACCUUGAAGAGUGGUAAAGCGCUUCAUUACCUGUUUGUUCAAAUCGGCCUUCGAGCACAAGCUGCGACAGUUUCCACACCAGUCCCAGUACCGCAGAUUUUGGCACAAGAUACAACUGCUGACGUCGACACAGGUAUCAUGGCGCUGGCGGGAAAAGAGGGAAUCGACAAACCUUUGCUGACUGAUCAACGCAGACCUUCAAGCACAGUUUUGGCAUUCUGGAGUGGCUGCUUACGUGUGGCAAUAGCCGAAGAAAGGCUCACAGAAGUCGACCGACACUACCGGGGCGUAGUACAGACACUUUGGCGCGGCAUUGGCGUUGACCUCUUUGAUCAGUACACGGUGGGCUCUACCAUCACCUGGUGGGGCGUCUCCAGUUGUACCUCCGACAUGCAGGUGGCGAAGAACUUCAUGAAGGGUUGCGGCACGGCCUGCAGUUUCCUCACGGUCAACACCAAGAGCGCUGUGGACAUCUCCAACAUCACGUUCUAUGGGAAUGAGAAGGAGAGUUUGUUGGCCCCAGGGACCCAGCUGAAGGUCCUGAACUCCUCACGGAAGGGGAAAGUCUCCGAGAUCACCCUGGAAGAAGUGGGGCGACUGGUGGACUGA